AUGACAAAACCUUUUAAAAUAAUACCAUUUGUGAUUGGUUUGAUGAUAUAUACAUGUACCAUUACAUAUUUAAACUAUACAUACUUUAAAGGAAAAACAUAUCAAUUCUCACUUUCAACAACACUCAAAAAUUAUUCUUACAUCGCUAUUAUUGUUGAACUUCGUUCAUUACCCGUAACGAUAGCUGUCAUACAUAAUAUUAUCUCUCAUAUACCCUAUGAAUGGCCUAUACUAAUAUUUCAUAGUGAACAAAAUUUGAAUUUUAUAACUAAUUCAACACUUCAGAAAUAUAUCCAGAGCCACAAAAUUUCAUUAAGACAAUUGGAAAAACUAUCUACAAAUAAUACAGAUGAUUAUCGUGUUUGGCAUCGAUAUUGGAAUACAUUAUUUACAAGUAAAACAUUUUGGUUAAAUAUACCCGCUGAAAAAAUUCUUGUUUUUCAAACAGAUACAAUUAUGUGUUCUAAUUCACCACAUCAUAUAGAAGAUUUUCUACACUAUGAUUAUAUUGGUGCACCAUGGCAUUUAAAAUUGAAUUAUCCUCAACUAGGUGGUAAUGGUGGUUUUUCAUUAAGAUCAAAAAUAAAAACAUUAGAAUUAUUAGAAAAAUUAAAAUAUGAUUACUCACUUAAUGAAGAUGGAUUUUAUAGUCAAAAUUUAUAUUUAGUUAAUGCAUCAUUACCGACACGUGAUAUAGCUAAAACAUUUUCUGUAGAAACAGUAUUCUAUCCAAAUCCAAUGGCUAUACAUUUAGAAAAAGGAUUUGAUGUUAAUGAAGCAAAAUUAUUAUGUUUUAAUUGUCCAGAAAUACAAAUGAUAGCACUCAAUAAAAACUAUUGUUGA